UAUUUUUUAGCCCAGGUGGGAUUCAGCGUCGGCCUGGGAAACGUCUGGAGGUUUCCGUAUCUGUGCCACCAGAACGGAGGAGGAGCCUUCCUGCUGCUCUACGUGUUGCUGAUGCUGGUUGUGGGAAUCCCGUUGUUCUUCCUGGAGCUGGCGGCCGGCCAGGACAUCCGGCAGGGAAGCAUCGGCGUCUGGAAGUCCAUCUCUCCCAGGCUGGCGGGAAUCGGCUACUCCAGCUGUGUGGUCUGCUUCUUCGUGGCGCUCUACUACAACGUCAUCCUCGCCUGGAGCCUCUUCUACCUCGGGAACUCCUUCCAGGACCCGUUGCCUUGGCAACAGUGCCCCAAACACGGAAACGCAACGGAGAAGGAAUGCGAGGCGAGUUCCCCGACGUCGUUCUUCUGGUACCGCAGCGCGCUGGACAUCACCGACUCCAUCGACCAGGUGGGAUCCUUCAACCCCUACAUCGUGGGCUGCCUGCUGGCCGCCUGGACCAUCGUCUGCCUGGGGAUGUUCAAGGGCAUCAAGUCCUCCGUCAAGGUCAUGUAUUUCUCCUCCAUCUUCCCCUACGUGGUUCUGGUCUGCUUCCUGAUCUGCGGCCUCAUGCAGGACGGCGCCGCAGAGGGAAUCGCCCACAUGUUCUACCCCAAGCUGUCGAUCUGGGCGGACAUCCAGGUGUGGCGCCAGGCGGCCACGCAGGUGUUCUUCGCUCUGGGCCUGGGCUUCGGCUCCGUCAUCGCCUACUCCUCCUACAACCCCAAGAACAACAACUGCCACCGCGACGCCUUCACCGUCUCCUCCAUCAACUUCCUGACCUCGCUGCUCGCCACGCUGGUGGUGUUCGCCGUGCUCGGCUUCCGCGCCAAGAAAAGGGUCGUGGCCUGCGUGGCCAGGAACCUGGAGCAGCUGCAGUGGCAGCAUCAUGCCAGCCUGUCGACCUUUAACCUUUCCGACCCGGACUCUGUGGACUGGCGGGCCUACAGCUCCUGGUUCACCCAGCAUAAAGAGACUCUGGCGAAUCUGACCGACUGCGACCUGGAGAAGGAGAUGCAGACGGGCGUGGAGGGGACGGGCCUGGCCUUCAUCGCCUUCACGGAGGCCAUGACGCUGCUGCCCGGCAGCCCCUUCUGGUCGGCCCUCUUCUUCCUCAUGCUGCUCAACCUCGGACUCAGCACCAUGUUCGGAACCAUGGAGGGAAUCCUGGCGCCGCUCCGGGACCGCUUCGCCUCGCUGGCCCGCAACAAGACCAAGCUCACUGUGGCCAGCUGCGUGGCGGGCUUCCUGAUCGGCCUGCUCUUCACGCAGCGCUGCGGGAACUACUUUGUGACGAUGUUCGACGAUUACUCCGCCACGCUGCCGCUCAUCAUCGUCGUCGUGUUCGAGACCUUCAGCGUGUCGUGGCUCUACGGCGCCGACAGGUUCCUGGACGACAUGGAGGCCAUGCUGGGCUGGAGGCCGUCGGCCGUCUACAAGUACCUGUGGAAGUACGUGUGCCUGCUGGCCAUGCUGGGGCUGCUGGCCGCCACCACCGUCCGCAUGUUCAUGGAGGCGCCGACGUACAUGAGCUGGAACCAGGAAACGGCGUCGGAGGUCCGGCUGACGUACCCCGGCUGGGCUCUGGCGGUUCUGGCUCUGCUGAUCGUCUUCGCCAUGCUGCCCGUCCCGGUCGGGUUCAUCUACUCGGUUCUGCAGGACCGCAGGCGGCCGACCAGCAGGCACCUGGAGGCGGGUCUCUACCGCAUCGUUAACUUUGACGAAACGCCCAUGACGGACAUGACCGACCCGGAUCGGACCGACCCGGAUCGGACCAACCCGGAUCGGACCGACCUGGAUCACCGGAACGGCUUCAUACCGUCUGAGUCUUAGAGAAACGCACGACGCAGGAUUAGGGCCGGACUAAGAGAUUAUUUUUAAUUACAAUGAUAAAAUCAUAAUAUUACCAGAAGAAAAGUCGUAAAAUUACGAGAAAAGUUGUUUUUCAGAUAUUUGAGCUCUAUUUGAAUCUCAUCCGGUUGAAUAUUCCAGGCUGGUUUUCUCUGUAAAACCUUCGUUCCAGAAUAUAAAUUCCUCAGAUGCUCAGCGUUCCUGUGUCGGAUUUAUCCUGGAAUCACUUCAUUCCGCUUUUAUCGCAUCAUUCCGACGUUUUCUCCAAUCGUUACGUUUUUCUUACGUUUUUCAUUUCAUUACAACUUUCUAGUAUUAUAACUUUUUUUCGCAAAUAACUUUGUCGUGACUAUUCUGUGAUAUUUCUCUUUUUCACUCAUUAUUACAACUUCUGGUAAUAAUAUGACUAUAAUGUAGUUAUUACAACUUUAUUAUUACAACUUGUUUCUCGUGUUUUGAUUUUACGACAUUGUAACUUUUGUCUUACACUUUUUUCUCACAUUGUUGCGAUUUUUAUUCUGGUUUUUAUCUUUUUUUCUUGUCUUUCUGCAUUUUACGACUUUUUUCAUGAGUUUAUUCUCGUAAUAUUACGACUUUAUUUAGAUAAUAUUGUGACUUUUUUCUCAUUUUUCGGCCCUAAUGUCGCAGAAAUGGCCAAAAUUCUGCCAUAACAACUUUAAUUCACCAUUUCUGGAGCAAAAAGUUUAAUUUUUAAAUAUUUAAAACCUUUUCCCCUAUUUAUUUUCACAAAGUCAAAUUAAAUCCAUAAAUUUAUGGAUUUAUUAAAUUAUUUUUCCAACAGGAAUGUCUUAAAAAGUUGAUAUUUGAGGAACUGAAACGCUGCUGACCCAACCCGUCAUGAUCCGUUCCUGCACAUGUUUUACAAACUGAUGGUUCAGAAGCGACGCGGCUGCACGUCCGCGACCUCUUGACCUUUCAGACUGACCUCAUGAACCGAGCUGCCGUCCGCGUUUCGGUUUCUGCAGCUCGUCUGCCAAACAUUUGAUCUGAAUCUUCAGUUUGUCGUUUUCAGACCUGGAUGUUUACGGCGCCGUAAAUGUUUACAAACACUGUUAACGAGAAAUGUUUGUUUUCACGAUAUAUCGGCGUGAACAUCGGUAUCAUCACGUAAUCGGUCCGAUGAGUAAAACCGGAGCUUCCGAUGUUUAUUUGUUUCGAUGUUUAUUCUGUUGCUGACAGAAACAGAAGGUUCGACUGAAAUGGUGUCGGCGGUUCUGGUCCAGAGGAAAGAUGAUCAAAUAUUUAGGCUGAUACUGAUAUUAAUCCUGUUCUUGUAUCCGAUAACCGAUAUCAUUUAUAUCGGUACUUUUGACACUGUAAAGUGACGUUACGCGUGAAUACGAAGGCUCUAAAAGAAAAAAAUGCAAUUGUGUUAAAAUUGUAAUGUGUUAAUCUAUGUCAUUAACAGAAUGUACUCCUUAAAGCCGAUACCGAUACCGAUACGUCAUGAAGCCCUAAAAAUAUUUACAUAUCAGCCUCCAUUUCCAAAACAUUCGCCGUUUGGCUGAAACCUGCGUGUGAAGCUGAUGUUUUCUGAUCUCAUCUACCUCCACUACCGUCUGGAAACCAGACCUCUGCUGUCAGUCUGCUGACCGAUCCGCCCGCUCAGCAACGGUCAGAACCCUGUUUCCAACUUCACUAUUUCACUAAUACAUCUUUUACUUUUCACAAAGAAAAAACACCUGAAUGAGCAGGUGAGACUCCAACAUUUAUUGCGGUUCUAAUAAUUAUUAAUCUCCCAGAUAGAUAUCGGUUAUUGGUAUUGGCUCAGAUUAGUAAAUCGGUGCUUCCUGCUCUUUGGUUCCAGGUUCUGUCCGGGUCCAGACAAAGUGUUGGGUCUGGUUUGGGUUUCAGCCUCAUGGUGGUUCUGCUGACUGAAUCAGUCGUUUGAGCCUCGUCUGCAGUGUAAAUAUGUAAAAAGCAGAAACUGAAGCUAAAUUAAAUGAGCUUGUAGAUAUUUUUAGUUUGUCUUCUGCUUUUUGUGAUUUUUAGUUUUUAUUCCGUUAUUUUUCACUCUUAAUGUUUUAAACUUGAGUCACAUGAACAUAAAAAGCUGCAUUUUAAGUGCCUUCAACAUAAAUAAGACGAAACAAAAUGUUGAAAUCUUUCUGGUAUUUAAUGUUUUACAAAUGUAAAAACAAAUUUUCUGUAUUUGUCAUAAUAAAACUUCUGCAGCAAAAUCUU